GAGCGGACAGACGCACAUGUAUAUAUAUUUAGUCGGACUCUUAUCCGGAGGAGACAAGCAAUUUAAUCCACUGCCUCCAACAUAAACAGCUUCAGAGACUCAUUCCACCAAGACGACGACAAGAUGCGGACCACGGCAGUUCUCAGUGUACUCAUGUCAACACUCGGUGUCACCCUGGGCUGCUCCACCACCAGCGGUGUGCAGAUCACCUUCUACGGAGCCCCGGACAACGACCCUCCCGGCGGUGCGACGGCCCACAACUGCGGGGGCCGCAACUUCAUCGCCGGGGGCACCGGCACCUACGCGGACCCCCUCACGUUCGCCAGCUCCACGUCCGAGUACAGCGUCUGCGAGAUCAUCUACGUGCCGUACCUGAAGAAGUACCUCCGCAUGGAGGACGAUUGCGCCCAGUGCAUCGACGAUUGGAACAACGGCAACAAGAAGCACAUCGACAUCUGGACCGGAACCCCCAGCACCAACGGCGGGAACGCUCAGAUCCAGUGCGAGAACGCAUUGACCCCCAACGGCGGCCAGCAGGUCCUCCGCAGCCCGCCGAACAACCUUGCCGUGGACAGUACUGCUCUGUGGAGCGGCAACAGCUGCCACACCGACCAUGUCUUCCCCGGAGCUACCCAGUCGUGCAGCGGCGGGGGCGGAGGCGGGGGCGGAUGCCAGACCGGCUGCAGCUGGGCUGGCCACUGCAUAGGCUGCCCCUGCCAAACGUUCGACGACUGCUCGGACAACUUCAUAUGUACCAAUGGCGCGUGUGCUAACCCGUAGAUGGGCUAGGGUGAUGAUUGCUCGGAUGACCUUGCCGGGAUCCACGAUGGCCAUAGGUUAUUAUUCCUGCAGUUGUCGAGGCCAGAGGGGCAAAAUGCUGGCUUGGUGGCAGAGUUUCCUUGCUGCUGCGUUUCUGGGAUGAUCAACAAUGUCACUACCUUCUGAGCUAAUUGUGACAAGAUACAAUAUGACGGAUUGGUCGAC